AUGGAUCUCCGGUCGGUCCUCAACACGUCUGACAAUGGCGACCGCGCGCCCUCAAAGGCACAGGCGCCGCCGACCCCUCACCAGCAGCAGCAGCAACAGCAGCAGCAGCAACAGCAGCAGCAGCAGCAGCAGCAUCAGCGCCAGCACAGCCAGCAGAGCCAGCAGCCUCGCCCGAUUCACAUCCCAGCCCAGUAUGGCUAUCGCGACUAUCCCCAACAACCGCUGCCCCAGGGAUCGCCGACCAAGACUCCCGUCCACGAAUAUCCGCCCCAGAACCAUCCUCACCUCUACUCGCAGCACCAACAGCCGCCGCAGCACCCACCAAACGCCUAUCCGCAGCAGUCGCCCUACCAGGCCCCAAGCCCGUAUCAGACACGACCUGCGCCGCCGCCGCUCCACACGCCGACGAAUGUAUACCAUGAUGCCCGCUCGCCGGUCAGCUCCAGGUCAAACUCGGGGCCCGUGAUGGCUUCACCCUACCGGCCAUCGCCCACAUCGGCCUCGACGCCCGGAGGCAAUGCAGGCUACCCAUUCCCUCCGCAGCCUCCAGAGAUGGCGAGCCCAAUCCAGCGCCAGCCGUACCCACCGGGCCCCCAAUACCAGGACCCGAGAAGAGACAGCUACGUGCAGAGCCCGGGCGCGGGACCACCAGCACAUGGUCCCGCGCAAUACGUGCAACAACAGCUGCAACAGCAGCAGCAGCAGCAGCACGCCGUGCCACAGGCAUCGCCGGUGAGGACGUCAAGCAGCGCAUCGCAUGCAUACCUCCAUCAACCACCGCAGCACGCACCGGCACCAGCCUCAAUCCAGAUCCAGACCCAGCAUCAGCAGUAUGGGCCCCAAUACGCACAGGGCAGCCCAGUCCUUGCAGCGCAGCCUCCACUCGCGGAUUACAGCCGCCACCCUUCGCAAGUCACCCCUUUGGGCCCUCCCCAGCCUAGCGUGCAGCGGCAGCCCUCUGCUCCAGGAGCCUUUGCUCAACCGCCCAGCCCAUACCAGCAGCGCAUGUCUUCCAUAGCACACGCACCGGCACCGGCACCGGCACAUGCAUCUACGCCCACACAAACAACACCACCGGCACAAUCACAAUCACACACACAGGCACAGGCACAGGCACAGGCACAGGUGCACGUCCAGCACCAUCCUCAGGCUCCGCCUCACGCCCAGUUGCAAACUCCCACGCAGACUCCGCUCCACACCACUCAGGUACAGCCGCCGCCAGCGCAGAGCCAAACUCAGCCUUCUCCCAAGCCAGCGCCGCCGCCGCCUCCACCCCCUGCCCAUCGCCAGUCGAGCUCUCAAUCCGCCUACGCAUCGCCCGUUGCAGCGUCGGCUCAGCAUCCACGACCCUCAAACGACCGAGAGCAAAGUCUGUCAGUUAGUCCCAAGACUAGGCUUGGCUCAAUCCCCAGCAACCCCGACGUUACCCCGACGGCGGCGGAUAGAGCCGCGAGAUCUUCACUCAGUGUCCACUCCAUGGCGAUUGACUCGGAUCGAGCUAUCACGCCGGCGAAGCGCAAGCUGGAAGAUCUCAACAUGAGCCCUGGGGAGCUAGAGUACAAGGAGUCGAAGCCACCCCCUGGCGAAGUCAAUGGAGGGUAUGCAGAGCGGAUCAAAAAAUCGGCGUCUCCUGCGAUAUCACGAAAAACGCGGAUUCGACGCAGUCAGCCACCUGUCUGGGCACUGAGCAUUCACACACUCGGGAAAAAACUGCCAUCCAGCGCCAAUUACGUUCUCCAGAAAAGAAUCCACUCUCACAUACAACCAGCCGUCAACGGCAGACAGGAAUCUACGGUCAAGACAGAGCACACCAGCCGCCAGGCUUCGCCCGAAACAAGACGAAAUCAGCAUGCCAGUGUUAGCCAGCAGCCAUCCGCCGUCAGUCCCCCGAACCCCCAAGACCAGCUAGGUCCAUGGGAAGCCAGCAUCACGGGUGUCAAGCCCUCCGAAGAGCUAUCCAAGAACGUGGCCGACUUUCUUUUCAUCCAUGUCAUCAACAACCAAGAUGUGCAGGAAAUUACGAGCAGAGGAAUACAAUUUGAGAUUGAGGCUAAACUGGGCACGCUCAUCGACAAGGACACCAACCAGCGUGUGGAUCGAUGCGUCGCUACGGAAUGUAUUCUCGACGACAAUGGCCGGGUUGCCUUCAAAAGUAGUAUGACUGAAGCGCAACACAAGUCUUACAACGAUUUCCUGAACAAUAUCGUCAUACAGAGCGACCCGCGGAAUCCCAAUGCCAAUCGAGUUCCCGUGAUAUACAAGCACAGAAGAGAGAGGGAUCGCUUUUUUGAGCUGCCGCAAGAAAUGCAGGCCCACCUCCCAGGAUGCGUGCGAUCACGUCUUGGUCAUCGCAGCCGAAACGUACGAGUGCGAGUAACAUAUGAUCAAAAGACCAACGAAGUGUUGAACAAAAUUAUCAAGGCGCGCGUUGCAGACAUUGAUCUGCACAUGCCAAUGUGUCCAAUGGAUUGCCGCAUAAGCAUCAACCUCGAAGCAAACUGGGAGGGCUCUGUGGAGGAGCUGGAGCAAAUGUCCGCCAACAAGGCAAACCAGCAACCAGAUCGCAGUAAAGAUCGAUUGAGCUACACACAGGGGAGCUAUCAAGUCGACCUCACACAAGUCACCCACGCUGUGAAUGGCCCAGGGAACUCACAACGCAUGGACAAGGAGCACGAGCUCGAAAUCGAGAUGAACCCUCAGGUGCUCAUUGACCAGGGACGGAAAGCCCUAAGCGGAGCGCCUCAUAGAUACCAAGAGUUUGUGGAAGGAUUUGUGGACAACGUGCGAGUGUUGGCACGAAAAGCCAAAGAAUUUAAUUAA